AUGCAUCUCCCGGCUCUCCAUCUGCUGCUCCUCCUCCUGGGCUCUAGCGCCAAGGCUGGGGAGAUCAUCGGGGGCACAGAGUGCAGACCACACGCCCGCCCCUACAUGGCCUAUCUAGAAAUUGUCACUCCCGGGAAUCACCUGUCGGCUUGCAGUGGCUUCCUGAUAAGACGAAACUUUGUGAUGACUGCUGCACACUGUGCAGGAAGGUCUAUAACAGUCCUCCUAGGAGCCCACAACAAAAAAGUAAAAGAAGACACAUGGCAGAAGCUCGAGGUUGAAAAGCAAUUCCCUCAUCCAAAAUAUGAUGACCAGUUGGUUCUCAACGACAUCAUGCUGCUGAAGUUGAAGGAGAAAGCCAACCUAACCCUAGGCGUGGGAACCCUCCCAUUCUCAGCCAAAUCAAACUCCAUCCCACCUGGGAGGGUGUGCCGGGCAGUUGGCUGGGGCCAAACAAAGGUGAAUGAACCACCCUCUGACACUCUGCAAGAGGUGAAGAUGAGAACCUUGGAUCCCCAAGCCUGCAAACACUUCAAGAGUUUUAGCCACGAACCCCAGCUGUGUGUGGGCAAUCCCAAGAAGAUUCGAAAUGUAUACAAGGGAGACUCUGGAGGACCUCUCCUGUGUGCUGGGAUAGCCCAAGGCAUCGCAUCCUAUGUACAUUGGAAAGCAAAGCCCCCUGCUGUCUUCACCAGAAUCUCCCAUUACCGGCCCUGGAUUAAUAAGAUCUUGAGGGAGAAUUAG